AUGAAAUAUUAAUUAAACAUUUGUCAAUAAGAAAUAGUGAUAAAUUCUUCUAACUCCAAAAAUAAAAUAAAGCUUUUAUGUGAACAUGAAGUAGAUCAAAAUGAUAAAAUAGAUGUAAAUACGUAUAAAUGUAUCAUAUAAUUAAAACAUAAAUUCCAGCAAUGCGAACAUGAAGUUGAAUAUUAUUGUUUUGAAAAGGAUAAAAUAGAUAACAAAUGUCAUUUCAUAUGUGAUAAACUACUACCAUGUGGUGAUAGAUGUAAAAAGAAAUGUUACGAAAAUUGUUUACCAUGUAUCAAUAAUUGCUAAGGAUUAAAAAAUCUGAAUUUAUGUGAACAUUUUAUAGAAAGCAGAAAUAUUGAUUAAGAAUAAUAAAAACAAUGCAAUUAGGAAGUAAAAGUUAAAUUAGAUUGUGGGCAUACAGCUAAUUUUCAAUGUUGGUAAAGAGAAGAACUAUAAAAAUCAUAUAUUUGUAAAUAAACCUGCAACAAAAAAAGAAUUUGUGGUCAUUCAUUUAAUUAAUGUAAGAACUACUGCUUUUAACAAUAAUGCUCUCCAUGUUUAUAAUAGAUAACAUUAAAGUUGGAUUGUGAUCAUGAAUAACAAAUUUAGUGUUAUUAAAAAGAUGAUUAUAUCAAUACCGUAUGUAAAGAAUGCUAGAAUAAAAAUAUAAAUAAUAAAAAAAAGAACCUUAAAAAUUAAGUUAGCAUUGAUUUAAAAUGUGGACACAAAGUUCAAACAACUUAUGAUCAGAAAGCUGCUGUUUUAUAAUCAUUUUAAUGCUUGGAAAAAUGUAUAAAACCACCAAUAUGCUAGCAUAAUUAACCGUGUGAUAAGUUUUGUUACUAAGAAUGUACUCCCUGUAUAGAAAUAAUAGUAUAGGAGUUAUCAUGUGGACAUUAAGCAAAACUUUACUGUUUUAAUGCCAAAUAAGAAUUAGAAAAUUAUAAAUGCAAACAACCAUGCAAUAAAAAAUGGCCAUGUUCUCAUUUAUAUCCUUGUUAAAAAGAAUGUGGAGAUCAUAAUUGUACUCCUUGUUAGCAAAAAGUAACCAAAUAAUUGAAAUGUGCCCACACAAUAACGAAAAUUUGCUCGGAUUUGGAAAAAUAUAAAUGCAGAGAAAAUUGCACUAAACAACAAUAAUGUGGACAUCCUUGUCUAAAAUAUUGUAGUGAAGAAUGUGACCCAUGUGAAUAUAAAAUUUCAAAAGUUUUUGCAUCUUGUGCUCAUGUAAUAGAAAUACCCUGUUUCCAAAAGGAAAGUUUUAAAACUUAAAAAUGCUAAUAAUGUAAUGAAAAAAAUAAUUGUUUUUUUCAAUGA